ACCGCCAUCCAAACAAGUCUGGGAAAACUGUGUGGGUAAGGGUCCCAGCCUUGCUAGCCCCUUCAGGUGCAAGGACCUUGCCAGCUUACAUCUGGCCCCCAACAUCCACACACCUACACACCUUACUUCUACUUGCCACACAAUGACGAAGAGGCAUGCAGGGAAUCGCCCUGCCUUUCUUGGAACUUGGCAUGCCUCUCCGUCUCCCUGGCUGUGCUCCGUGGCUUGCCGAGCACCCAGAAAGCAGGGCAGACUGAGGCGCCUUCGGCUGCUCUUCCCUCAGCAGUGCACUCCCCUUUUUUUCUCUCCCCUCUUCUCCAGGUCACAGGUCUGAACUUGACCCUUCACACCAAGUACCAUGGCCCUGGCCCUGACCAGCAACCCACAGGAGGCAUUGCUUUUGGCCUUGAGUGACCUUGAUGAAAAUGACUUCAAGAUAUUAAAGUUCCACUUACGGGACAGAACCCUGCUUGGGGGCCAGGGGCUGGCCCGAGGGGAGCUGGAGGGCCUGAGUCGGGUGGACCUGGCUUCUCGGCUGGUUUUGAGGUAUGGAGCGCAGGAGGCUGUGAAAAUGGUGUGCAAGGUGCUGCAGGUCAUGAACCUGUUAGAACUCGUGGACCAGCUCAGCCACAUCUGUCUAAAUGAUUACAGAGAAACAUACCGAGAGUACGUACGCUGCCUGGAGGAGAGACAAGAAGAGGGAGUCAGCCGCACCUACAACCAGCUGCUCCUGGUGGCCAUUGCCAGCCCGGGAAGCCCUGAGCCUGAGCAGGAGCAGGGCUCUGUCACAGUGGAGGCUCUGUUUGAUCCGGGGGAGAUGCCCACCCCAGGCCCAGCCACAGUGGUGCUGCAGGGACCCGCUGGCACAGGCAAGACAACACUGGCAAGAAAAAUAGUGCUGGACUGGGCCACUGGCACGCUGUACAAGGACCGGUUUGAUUAUGUCUUUUACGUGGGCUGCAGGGAAGUGGUCCUGCUGCCGGAGGGCACGCUGGACCAGCUCCUCCUCUGGUGCUGCGGGGACAGUAAGGCGCCCGUCACUGAGAUCCGGAGGCAGCCGGAGCGGCUCCUGUUCAUCCUGGACGGCUACGAUGAGCUGCAGAGGCCCUUUGCCAAGAGGCUGAGGAGGCCGGGGCCCAGCCCCGCGCAGGACACGCUGCGCCGGCUCAUCCGGAGAGAGGUGCUUCCCACGUGCUCCCUGCUCAUCACCACGCGGCCCCUGGCUCUGCGGAACCUGCAGUCCUUGCUCAGACAACCGCGCCAUGUCCAAGUCCGAGGCUUCUCUGAGGAAGAGAGGGAGAAGUAUGUCCAGGCCUAUUUCACAGAUGGGGAGCAAGCCCAGAAGGCCUUUGACUUCAUACGUGGAAAUGACGUUCUCUACCAAGCAUGUCUGGUUCCAGGCAUCUGCUGGGUGGUCUGUUCCUGGCUGAAGGGGCGGAUGGAGAGAGGCGGGGAGGUCUCGGAGACUCCCAGUAGUGGCACCGACAUCUUCAUGGCCUACGUCUCCACCUUCCUGCCUCCCAAUGACAACGAGGAUCCCUCCGAGCUCACCCGAGACAGGGUCCUGAGGGGUCUGUGCUCCUUGGCAGCCGAGGGGAUCCAGCACCAGAGGUUCCUGUUUGAAGAAGCUGACCUCAGGAAGCACAGUUUAGAUGGGCCCAGCCUGGCUGCUUUCCUGAGCAGCCACGAUUACCAAGAGGGGCUUGACAUCAAGAAGUUCUAUAGCUUCCGCCACAUCAGCUUCCAGGAGUUUUUUCACGCCAUGUCCUACCUGGUGAAAGAGGACCAGAGCCAGCUGGGGGAAGAGUCCCUCAGGGAGGUGAACAGGCUGCUGGGUGACAGGGAGCAGGCGGCGGGGGAGGAGAUGACCCUCAGCAUGCAGUUUCUAUUGGACAUAUCAAAAAAAGAGAGCUCCUCCAACUUGGAGCUCACGUUCUGCUUCAAAAUCUCCCCCUCGAUAAAGCAGGAUCUGAAGAAUUUCAAAGAGCAGAUGAGCUCUCUAAAGCAUAACAGGACCUGGGAGUGGGACUUCUUCCUGAAUGAGGCUAAAAUGAAGAGUCUGGCAAACUGUGUUCAGAUGAGCAAUGUGGCGUUUAAGGUGGGACAUUCAAAUGAAAAGAAAUCCCACAGCAGGAGCUCAUUUUCUGUCACAACCAGCUUGAGUGAUGCCAAGAAAGAGGAGCGAAAAUGUCUAGUUGUGAACGAAAGGAAUGUGGCAGGGACACAGAAGCAGGCUGCUAAUGGGAAAAGCAGAGGGAAGAGGAACUAGAGACCAGGAUGGUAGAGGUAGGAGUAGGACAGAAAGCACACAAAUGGAGACACUAGAGCUGAUGGUGAGGUGGAGAGACAGAGGGAGAGGGAAGACCGUAGAAAGGAAUGGAGAGAUGUGAGAUUGAGUUAAUGAGCACAAGAGUGGAAGGACAGAAUAACAAAUAGAAAAGAGAAAUAGAUAGAGGGUCAAGAGAUUUGGAACAUAGGACGUGGGGAGAGCCAUGUGGAAUGAGUCCUUAGGAACAACCACGUGUCAACAGUGGCUCAGGUUUAGUUGUUUAGCACCGCCCACCCCCCAAGGCUGUUUGUAAAUUCCCCAAAUGUAAUCUUAUGAGGGUCUGACAUUUGACUUUUCUAUAAAAAUAAAUUCCUUAAUAUAAGAAAAUGUGGACUGUGCUCACUCUAUAAGAUAAUGUGAAGCAUAUCAAUGUCAGCAUUUAAAGGAAAUGUACUGUGAUAUAAUGCAAUGUCCCUUUGACUCUGUAUUUGUGAUCAAUUGCUGCUUAAAUAGUAUCUUUCCAUCUUUCUAGAUGCUUUAGAAUAUCCAUGCUGGAAAUGAGCGAUGGCUUGUCACAGACAUUUGGUCUUAGAAGCUAUACUGUAACUUGACUUACCUCUAUGCUAAUAACAUGCCACUGUUGUCUCCAGCUGUACCAUUAACCGACUCCUUUUUGGAAAGAGCAGUCAUUUCUAAGCACUAAGCAAAGCAUUUUCCUGUUUUGGUUCCCUCUGUAUAUAAAAGAAGAAGAAGAAAAGGGAUUAUAGAUGUAGGCGUGGUCAGGUCCCAACCCUCAUUUCACAGAUGAGGAAACUGAAAUUCAGUCAGGAGCCCCAUUCAUUUCUGGGGUUUGUAAACACCCUCAGAGACCCUGUGCAGGCACGUGAACCUCCCCUCAUCCUGCUGUUGCUGCUGGCUCCAGCGCAGCUGAGAGCGAUGCUGCCUCAACUCCCGGUGCCCCACAGAAAGUACCGACGCUCCUCACACAUUUUUACUGCUGUCAUGACUCUUCAUGAGUUGAUUCCACGUGUGCCAAUUGCAGCAAUCUGCUGCACGUGGCCAGACAUCUGAAUCCAGGAAACUCAGCCCUGACUGGUCAGCUUCCUAUGCCAUGAGAACAAUUAUUAUUAAGUCUUCUUCUCACAGGAAGCUUGGUGGCUCUACAUUUGGUAAUAAUAUUCAUAGCAUGUUGAACACAGACUGCUUGUAUAUAUAGAAUGUGUAAGAAACAAUAUGUGUGUGCAUGUACUUCUUUAUACAGAGAAAUUUGUGCU